AUGGGUCUCUUCUCUGGCUGGUGGCUCGGUGAGGCAGACGGCCGUAUCGAAGGACCAUUCCUACCUCCAGAGGAAUGGGACACCAGACUACGUGCCGCAGGCUUCAAUGGAUGCGAGACGGUCACAUAUGACAACGAGAGGCCUUAUCCUAUCAAUGCCAACAUUGUCGCCAGACCCGCCAUGUAUUUUGAGUAUCCGAAGCAAGUCAGCCUUCUUUCUGGUCAUUCCCAGAUCAUCCCCUUUGCGCUUCAGUUAGAAAUAUUGCUACGUGAUAAGGUCUACAGUCCUCAACACUACCAAUGGGGCUCAGAAGAGCAGCCACCUGCUGACCAAGACCUGAUUUCCUUCGUGGACCUCGACGGACUCCUCCUGAAAGAUCCCACCGAAAAGGAUUGGGACCUUCUACUACAAACAAUUCAGUCUCUGCAAGAAGCUUCUGUGCUUUGGCUUACUCCAUCGGCACAAGUCAACGCGAAGCAUCCGCACGCAGCCUUGAUUCUCGGAGUGGCAAGGACCAUCCGGUCUGAGAUGGAUAUGCCACUAGCGACUUUAGAGCUUGAGAACAUCGAUACUUCUGAGGCAGCAGGUGCAGCUCUGAAUGUCUUCCGAAGGGUGCAAAGGUGCAAAGAUGAAAUGGCUGAAUUAGAUCCAGACAUGGAAUUUGCCUGGGUAAACGGGGCAGUGCACAUCGGACGCUUCCAUUGGUACCCUAUCCCAAGCGCCUUGAAGGCCACUGCUGCGUCGCCAGACACCAAAGCCCUGGCGAUCAGCAAACGAGGUCUUUUGCAAACCCUUCGCUGGAGCGGACGCCCUCUUCCGGAGCUCCCUGCAGACCAAGUCCAGGUUGAAAUGAAGGCAGUUGGGUUAAACUUCACAGACGUGCUCAUUGCCAUGGGUGUAAUCAAUAGUGUCGAUGCUCUCGGGGACGGGUACAACACCUUUGGUCUGGAAGGCGCUGGCUACGUCAGCAAAGUCGGCACUGACGUCGACCAUGUCAAGCCAGGGGAUAGGGUGAUACUGAUCGGGACGAAUUCGACCGGUCUUGCUACCCAAGUGCAACGGCCUGGAGGCUUUGUACUGCCGAUACCCGACCAUCUCAGCUUCGAGGACGCGGCAACCAUGCCGGCGGUCUAUGUCACCGUGCUUCUGGGGCUGUUUGACAAGGCGCAUCUCGCCAAAGGUCAGUCUAUUCUGAUUCACGCUGCUGCAGGGGGCAUCGGUAUAGCCGCCAUCAACAUUGCUCGGUGGAUUGGGGCGGAUAUCUACUGCACCGUGGGCUCAGAAGAAAAAGCCGACUUCCUGGUCAAAGAGUUCGGAAUCCCGCGUAACCGAAUCUGCCAUUCCCGCGACACCAGUUUCCGUGAUGAUUUGAUGGCAGCUACUGAUGGUGUUGGGGUUGACUGUGUGCUGAACUCUGUAUCCGGUGAGCUGCUUCACACCUCGUGGGAGUGUGUAGCCUCCUCCGGAUGCAUGGUGGAGAUUGGCAGGCGCGACAUGAUCGGACGAGGUCAAUUGGCUCUAGACAAGUUCGAAGACAAUCGGACGUUCAUAGGCGCCGAUUUGUCGCGGUACACAGUUUUCAACAAGCCCGCCGUCGUUCGAUUGAUGAGGAUGAUGCUGGAUCUAUAUAUCGAUGGUCACAUCACGCCUGUCCACCCAGUCACGCUGUUUGACGCCGAGAGCGUCGAAAGAGCCUUUCGCUACAUGCAGCAAGGUAUUCACAUUGGAAAGGUCGUUAUCAAGUCCCCCGACGCCGAAAGUUCACUUCCGUGGGAUCGUACAAUCCCCAAACCCUCGUUCCGCGGCGACCGAAGCUACCUCCUGGUCGGUGGUAUGGGUGGUCUUGGGCGGGCUAUUGCUACAUGGAUGGCAACGCACGGCGCCAAGCACCUGAUCUUCCUUUCACGAUCAGCCGGAAAGACGGACGACGACCAGGCCUUCAUUCACGAGCUCAAUCUCAUGGGUUGCGCCGUGCAGGCGUGGGCAGGCGAUGUCGCCGAUCCUCUCAUGGUGCAUAACGCCAUCGAGCAAGCGCCCAUGCCUAUUGCAGGCGUGAUGCAGAUGGCCAUGGUCCUCCGCGACAUCGGGGUCAUGGAUAUGGACCUCGAGACCUACCAGGCCGCGAUCCGGCCCAAGGUCGACGGAACCUGGAAUCUGCACAACGCAGUUCCCAAUGACGAACUAGACUUCUUCGUCCUCUUCUCCUCCGUCUGCGGCAUGGUCGGCUAUUACGGGCAAGCAAACUACGCUGCUGCAAACACCUUUCUGGACGCCUUCGUCCAGUACCGUCACGAGCGUGGUCUCCGGGCAUCGGUCAUGGACAUCGGCGCCGUCAACGACGUGGGCUACAUCAGCCGCACACCGGCAGCCAAGGACGCUAUGCUAGCCAGCGCCGGCCGUCUCAUUACAGAACAAGACUUCCUCGACACGCUCCAGCUAACCAUCGCGCGGUCCUCGCAAGCCCCGGUCUCAUUCCCAGCAGCUUCCCCAGAGUUAGGGACCACAGGCCUGCAGUUCCAAAACCCAUGCCAAGUGACUCAAGCCCUCGAAUGCCGACUGCCCAUCAUGCACCCGCAGAACAACAUCAUUUGGAAACGCGACCCGCGCAUGGCCAUCUACCGCAACAUCGAGACCUUUGCGGGUGAUAAUGAAGCGACGACCAGCGGCAUCAAGCCGUUUUUAUCGUCUGUGAAUGCCGACCCAAGUCAGUUGGAUCAGCCUGCCGCGGCGGAGUUCCUAGCAGGUAAAAUCCGGGACCGUGUGGCGACUUUCCUGAUGCGCAGGGAGGACGAGGAGCCCCUAGACCUAGGGCUAACUCUGUCCGCGGCCGGCGUAGAUUCCCUGGUGGCCAUCGAGCCUGUGCUCUUGGUCAGAAUCAUCAUCAGAAACGCACCAACCACGAAGAAGGUCAAGAUGUCUCGAUUCGGCCCCUUCACCCUCAUCGACGUCCCCUACCGGUUCAUCAAUAAACACCCCCUCCAGACCACGUUCCUUAUCCCCAAUACCCUCUUUUUACCCCUGGCUCCCGAAGAACCCAGAAACCGUCCCGUGAUAGUCCGCUUUCACGACGGCGGCUUCAUCGUCGGCCACCGUACUUAUGAACCCUGGUUCGCACAAUGGCUCCUCGACCUUGCACAGGCCCACGAGGCCAUCAUUAUCACGCCAGACUACCGACUCCUUCCUGAGUCCAACGGCGCCGAUAUCCUGAGCGACAUCGCGCAUUUCUGGCAAUGGAUGCAGACUAGCGUGGUGGAGCUCGCUUCGAAGAGUGGCUGGCCUUUUUCUUUGGAUCUGACACGCACACUCUGUUGCGGGGAGAGCGCCGGAGGCUAUCUGGCUGUUUACUCGGCAUUGCACCUCCGAUCGAUGAUUUCUGUCAUGACAAACACUUCCCUCUCCGAGGAGAAACAGGAGAACGUGAAGCCGAUCGUUGAUAUUCGAGCGGUGAUAUCCAUCUCCGCACCGCUGGACACCAAUGCCCCUGAGCUGAGGGUCCCACGUCCGCGCACGUUUAUCGGCACUCGGCCGCCGCCGCCACGAGAGGCAGAGGCGCGGAUCAGGACGUAUAUCAAGAACAUCCCACCCGGUGCGAUUCGGACGGGAUCGAAGCCCACGGUGGAGAUGUGGGAGCUGGUACUCUGUGUGUCGCAGCAGUCGUAUCUGCCGCGCCUGUUCGGUGUUAAAGGAAAUGGACAGAAGGCUGCAUUGAGUGGGAUUAUGGAGAGUCUGGAGAAGUGGAAGGAGGAGCGAAGCGAGGGUUUGCCGGCUCUGUGGAUUGUUCAUGGCAGUGGGGAUACGAUGAUUCCCCCAGUGUGUUCGACGGGAUUUGUAAAGCGGUUGCGGGAGAUGUUACCGAGCGUUCCCGUAAAGUUGGACGUGCUGCCAGGAGAGCAUUUGUUCGAUGUCGAUAUCACCAUGGAGGAGGAGUGGGUGACAAAGGGAAGAGGCUUCCUGGAGCACUACUGGCCCUGA